ACAGCGCCGCCCCCCGCCCCCGCCGCCUGCCUCGCUCACCUCGGAAGCACAGGCUCGCGGCGCUGCGCUGGGGUGCUCCCCGGCACCCCGGCCCCGAGUCCCCACCMGCUGUACCUCCGGGACCCCCCUCACUCUCGACAGGCACCAGGAGUUGUCGCAAGGGGGCCUUGGGAAAUUCCCCGGACCCCUGUGCCAGGAGGUGCCCGGUUCGCCCGCUCCCCCCCCCACCCCCCGAGGGCGGUGCCCGGGGGUGCUGCCCCAUGGAGCAGGGAGGCGGGCGCCGUCUGCUCUCGGAACCGUGACCCGAGUCUUGUCGGAGCUGUGUGUCGCGUGUCGCAGACGCCCCGACCCCAGCUGAUCAUGCGCCACCGCCCCUGGCUCGCCAGGCCCAUCGGGCUGUGAGCCCCCCACUCCCGGCCCUUCACGGCCCGGCCCGCGCGCCAUGGGCAGCGCCCACCCUCGCCCCUGGCUGCGGCUCCGACCCUGGCCCCAGCCGCGGCCCGCGCUCUGCGCGCUCCUGUUCUUCCUACUGCUGCUGGCUGCUGCUGUGCCCAGAUCAGCACCCAACGACAUCCUGGGCCUCCACCUUCCCCCGGAGCCUGUGCUCAACGCCAACACAGUUUGCCUGACAUUGCCUGGCCUGAGCCGGCGGCAGAUGGAGGUGUGUGUGCGUCACCCUGACGUGGCCGCCUCAGCCAUCCAGGGCAUCCAAAUCGCCAUCCACGAGUGCCAACACCAGUUCCGGGACCAGCGCUGGAACUGCUCUAGCUUGGAGACUCGAAACAAGAUCCCUUAUGAGAGUCCCAUCUUCAGCAGAGGUUUCAGAGAGAGCGCUUUUGCCUACGCAAUCGCAGCAGCUGGGGUGGUGCACGCGGUAUCCAACGCGUGCGCCCUGGGCAAACUGCGGGCAUGCGGCUGCGAUGCAUCCCGGCGCGGAGACGAGGAGGCCUUCCGUCGCAAGCUGCAUCGUCUGCAGCUGGAUGCGCUGCAGAGGGGUAAGGGGCUGAGCCACGGGGUCCCGGAACACCCCGCCCUGCCCCCUGCCAGCCCUGGCCUGCAGGACUCCUGGGAGUGGGGCGGCUGCAGCCCUGACGUGGGCUUCGGGGAGCGCUUCUCUAAGGACUUUCUGGACUCCCGGGAGCCUCACAGAGACAUCCACGCGCGCAUGAGGCUCCACAACAACCGAGUUGGGAGGCAGGCGGUGAUGGAGAACAUGCGGCGAAAAUGCAAGUGCCACGGCACGUCAGGCAGCUGCCAACUCAAGACCUGCUGGCAGGUGACGCCCGAGUUCCGAGCAGUGGGGGCGCUGCUGCGCAACCGCUUCCACCGCGCCACGCUCAUCCGGCCGCACAACCGCAACGGCGGCCAGCUGGAGCCAGGCCCCGCGGGGGCACCCUCGCCCGCCCCGGGCACUCCUGUGCCGCGCCGGCGAGCCAGCCCCGCCGACCUGGUCUACUUCGAGAAAUCGCCCGACUUCUGCGAGCGCGAGCCGCGCCUGGACUCGGCAGGCACCGUGGGCCGCCUGUGCAACAAGAGCAGCGCGGGCCCGGAUGGCUGCGGCAGCAUGUGCUGCGGCCGCGGCCACAACAUCCUGCGCCAGACUCGCAGUGAGCGCUGCCACUGCCGGUUCCACUGGUGCUGUUUCGUGGUGUGCGAAGAGUGCCGCAUCACCGAGUGGGUUAGCGUUUGCAAGUGAGCCGCACAGGUUUCCCCGGGCCCCGAGAAAGGCUCCCCUCCUGGAGCCUGGCCUCUGCACUUGCGAUUUGGCCCAGAGCACCUUGGCUUCCUGGGAGAGACUGGACCACAGGCUCUCAGAAGGACUCCCGGUUCUGCAAUCAAGGGACAGUCCAGGGCUUCCAAAUCAACCCCUCUGCUCAAUUCUGUGGGCUUUAGGAUUGAUUGGCCUCCCUCCUUCCUGUCCUCAGCUCACACAGCUCAGUUGGGCUGGAGACUGCCCCAUACCUUAGGACACACACGUGUCAGGCAGGCAGCCCAGCCCCUCAGGCCUGUCUGUGCCCAUCCUUUCUCCCCUUCCCCUGGAGUGGGAGGGAAUGGAUGGAAGCUGAUGGGCAGGGGGAGGAAGAUUAAAAAGAAGAACUGGACAUGACUGAGCUGAAGUAAUUCUAUAAAGGCCCCAGUCAUCCUCACCCAC